AUGACAAGCGAGGAGUGUCCUGUGCCGCUGGGGAGCAUCUCCUCGGCAGGGCCAGGGCAGAGCGAGGACUACAGCUCGGCGCACGCUGAUGACAUCAUCGAGGAGAUGGGUCCAGGUGAUGACGUCAGUAUCGGCAGCGACCUCAGCACUCUGGUGGUGCCCUUCCCGGAGCUGGCGCCCGUGGUCUUCUUCUGCCUUAAGCAGACCACCUGUCCUCGCAACUGGUGCAUCCGUAUGGUCUCCAGCCCGUGGUUCGAGAGGAUUAGCAUCAUGGUGAUCCUGCUCAACUGUGUGACACUGGGCAUGUACCAGCCCUGCGAGAACAUCGACUGCACCUCGGACCGCUGCCAGAUACUGCAGGCCUUCGAUGCGUUCAUCUACAUCUUCUUUGCGUUGGAGAUGGUGGUAAAGAUGGUGGCUCUCGGCAUCUUCGGCCGCCGCUGUUACCUGGGAGACACCUGGAACAGACUGGACUUCUUCAUUGUCAUGGCUGGGAUGGUGGAGUACUCACUGGACCUGCAGAACAUCAACCUGUCGGCCAUCCGGACGGUGCGGGUCCUUCGGCCGCUCAAAGCCAUCAACAGAGUGCCAAGUAUGCGCAUCCUGGUGAACCUGCUGCUGGACACUCUCCCCAUGCUGGGCAACGUGCUGCUGCUCUGCUUCUUCGUCUUCUUCAUCUUCGGCAUCAUCGGCGUCCAGCUGUGGGCGGGGCUGCUGAGGAACCGCUGCUACCCCGAGAAGAACUUCACCCUCUCUUCAGGUAUGACCCUGCCGGCUCCCUACUACCGGCCGGAGGAAGACGACGAGCGCCCCUUCAUCUGCUCCCUGGCGUCCGAUAACGGCAUCAUGUCGUGCACCGACGUGCCGGCGAGACGCGAGGGAGGACGUACGUGUUGUCUGGACAAGGAGGACGCCCUCCACAGACAGGCUCUAGGCCUGAGUCCCGAGCCUCUGACCAACGGCAGCGGCGCCGGGGAGGCCAUGGGUCUGUGCAUCAACUGGAACCAGUACUACACCCGGUGCCACACUGGGAACAGCAACCCUCACAAAGGUGCCAUCAACUUUGACAACAUUGUCUACGCCUGGAUUGUAAUUUUUCAGGUGAUCACUCUGGAGGGCUGGGUUGAGAUCAUGUAUUAUGUAAUGGAUGCCCACUCCUUCUACAAUUUCAUCUACUUCAUCUUACUCAUCAUUAUCGGUUCGUUCUUCAUGAUCAACCUGUGCCUCGUGGUUAUCGCCACCCAGUUCUCAGAGACCAAACAGCGAGAACACCAGCUGAUGCAGGAGCAGAGGGCGCAGUGCCUGUCCUCCUCCACGCUGGCCAGCAUGGCCGAGCCGGGGGAUUGUUACGAGGAGAUCUUCCAGCUGGUCUGCCACGUCCUCCGCAAGGCUAAGAGGAGAUCGGCGGCUCUCUACUACACGCUGAGGGGCAAGCCGCCGCCGGCUGGUGGAGGCCGGGGCAACAGGCGUGGCGGCGGGCACGCCAACGGAGAGCGGCAUCACUCGAGGCACCCGAGAUCUUUCCACUGUCCACACCAAAGCAAGCCGGACCACGAGUCUCAGCCGCUCGCCAACUCCAUCAGCCUGUCCGUCCCCCAGAACCCAGAGGACUGUCCCAUAUGCGCGCUGACCCUGAAGGAGAGGGGCGAGCCGUCGGCCAACGGCGAGGAGAACGAGGAGGACGCCGUGAAGGAGACGGGCAAAGAGGAGAACCACCUGGAGGAGAGGGGAGACGGUGGCGAGAAGAGGCGGAGGAGGAGGACGUGCUUCGGGCGCUGCAGGGACCUUUGGAACGACAUGAGGAGGAAGCUUUGGGGCAUCGUGGAGAGCAAGUACUUCAGCAGGGGCAUCAUGAUCGCCAUCCUCAUCAACACCAUCAGCAUGGGCAUCGAGCAUCACAACCAGCCCGAGGAGCUGACCAACGUCCUGGAGAUCUGCAACAUCGUCUUCACCAGCAUGUUCACCCUGGAGAUGAUUCUGAAGCUCACCGCUUUCGGCUUCUUCGAGUACCUGAGGAACCCGUAUAACAUCUUCGACGGCAUCAUUGUCAUCAUCAGCGUCUGUGAGAUCAUUGGCCAGGCGGACGGCGGCCUCUCUGUGCUGAGGACGUUCAGGCUGCUGAGGGUCAUCAAGCUGGUGAGGUUCAUGCCAGCGCUGAGGCGGCAGCUGGUGGUGCUGAUGAAGACGAUGGACAACGUGGCCACCUUCUGCAUGCUGCUCAUGCUCUUCAUCUUCAUCUUCAGUAUUCUGGGGAUGCAUAUAUUCGGCUGCAAGUUCAGCUUGAAGACAGAAGCAGGAGACACGGUGCCCGACAGGAAGAACUUUGACUCCUUGCUUUGGGCCAUCGUCACGGUCUUUCAGAUUCUGACUCAGGAGGACUGGAACAUGGUGCUGUACAACGGCAUGGCGUCCACCUCGCCCUUCGCUGCGCUCUACUUCGUGGCUCUCAUGACGUUUGGAAACUACGUGCUCUUUAAUUUGCUCGUUGCCAUCCUGGUGGAGGGUUUCCAGGCCGAGGGAGAUGCGAACCGCUCCUACUCGGACGACGACAGGUCUUCCUGCAAUUUUGACGAAAACGAUAAGCAGAAAGACCCUCUGCACCUCUCAGACCCAAAGAUCUGCACGCUGACCCCUAAUGGGCACCUGGACCUGUCCACGCUGCCCGCCGGUCUGUUCCCUGGAGAGAGGUUGACCUUCGCUCUGGGCUCCAGGAAGAAUAGUGUUAUUUCCCUCGGCAGGGCCAACCUUGAGCAGAGGGCUGUGUAUCCAGGUCGAGGCUACCACAACUGGGGCCGGGUGCUGCCCCCUCAGCCUCACGCCUUGUGGGCUCGCCGCUCCAGCUGGAACAGCCUGGGAGGGUGCCGGCCCUGCUCCUCCUCGUCCCCCUCCUCCAGCCCAGCCUUCACCCCGUCCUCCACCAGGCCCUUCUAUGGCUACGGCCUGGGGGGUCUAGGAGGGGUGGUCGGAGGCAGCCUUCGUAUCCGCGGCCCCCGCGCCUCCUCGUCGCCCCACCGCCACCUCCACCACGUCCAGCCAGACGAGGAGGAGUCCCUUCUCUCACCGCCUGCCGUCGCCCCCCACUCUCUCCACCUUCCCCAUCCGAUGCUGCCGGGCUGCUUCGUACCCCGCAGGGACCGCAGGGCUCUGUCGCUGGAGCUGCCCCACCUGCUGCAGGUUCCAGGAGCUCCUCACCCACAACCGCCGCCGCCGCCGCCACCGCCGCACCACCACCACCACCCGCUGCCUCCCAUGGCGCUCCACGCUCAGCACAGGAAGAAGAGCUUCUCUGGAGGGAUGGUGAUCAGCGGCGGUGGGGACUUGGUGGGGGUUCACCAAGACUGCAAUGGGAAGACUCCACUUUCACAGCUUCUCCAGCCCCCUCCCAGACUUCAGACCGAGCAGACGGAAGGAGCGAACCCCCAGAGCCACCUGAUGGCCGACGUCUUCCCCCAGGUGAACGCUCGCAGCAAGGACCGGGAGGACCUGGAUGACGACAUCGAAUACAGCUUGUGCUUCCGCAUCCAGAAGAUGUUGGAGGCGUACAGGCCGGACUGGUGCGAGACCAGAGAGGACUGGUCCGUCUUCCUUUUCUCCCCACAGAACAAGUUCAGACAGAUAUGUCAGUCCAUCAUUGCCCAUAAGCUGUUCGACUACGUGGUGUUGGCCUUUAUCUUCUCCAACUGCAUCACGGUGGCUCUGGAGAGACCCAAGAUACUACAGGGCAGCUUGGAAAGAGUCUUUCUUACCAUCUCCAACUACAUCUUUACUGCCAUCUUUGUGGGCGAGAUGACGCUCAAGGUGGUUUCCAUGGGGUUGUAUAUGGGCGAGCAGGCUUAUCUGCGCAGCAGCUGGAACAUCCUGGACGGCUUCCUCGUCUUCGUGUCUCUGAUUGACAUCGUCGUGUCCAUGGCGGGAGGAGCCAAGAUCCUCGGCGUGCUCAGAGUUCUCCGGCUGCUCAGAACACUGCGUCCCCUCAGAGUGAUCAGCAGAGCUCCGGGCCUGAAGCUGGUGGUGGAGACCCUCAUCACUUCCCUCAAACCCAUCGGCAACAUCGUCCUCAUCUGCUGCGCGUUCUUCAUCAUCUUUGGGAUUCUUGGGGUGCAGCUGUUUAAAGGAAAGUUCUUCUACUGCUUGGGACCCGAUGUCAAAAACAUCACCAACAAGUCCGACUGUCUGCAGGCCAGCUACAAGUGGGUCCACCACAAGUACAACUUUGACAACCUGGGACAGGCUCUGAUGUCCCUGUUUGUUCUCGCCUCCAAGGACGGCUGGGUCAACAUCAUGUACCACGGCCUGGAUGCUGUGGGUGUCGACCAACAGCCGGUGAUCAACAACAACCCCUGGAUGCUGCUGUAUUUCAUCUCCUUCCUCCUCAUCGUCAGCUUCUUCGUCCUCAACAUGUUCGUCGGCGUCGUGGUGGAGAACUUCCACAAGUGCCGCCAGCACCAGGAGGUGGAGGAGGCCAAGAGGCGUGAGGAGAAACGCCAGCGGCGCAUGGAGAAGAAGAGGAGGAAGGCACAGAAGCUGCCCUACUAUUCCAGCUACGGCAACAUGCGCCUGAUGAUCCACACACUGUGCACCAACCACUACCUGGACCUCAUCAUCACCUUCAUCAUCUGCAUCAACGUCAUCACCAUGUCCUUAGAGCACUACAAUCAACCUCACUCUCUGGAUCUCGCCCUGAAGUACUGCAACUACUUCUUCACCUCAACGUUUGUGCUGGAAUCGAUACUCAAACUCAUCGCCUUUGGCUUCCGUCGCUUCUUCAAGGACAGGUGGAACCAGUUGGACCUGGCCAUCGUGCUCCUGUCGGUGAUGGGCAUCACUCUGGAGGAGAUCGAGAUCAGCGCCGCUCUGCCCAUCAACCCCACCAUCAUCCGGAUCAUGCGAGUGCUGCGGAUAGCUCGAGUGCUGAAGCUGCUGAAGAUGGCAACGGGGAUGAGAGCCCUGCUGGAUACGGUCGUCCAAGCCCUGCCUCAGGUGGGUAACCUGGGCCUGCUCUUCAUGCUACUGUUUUUCAUCUACGCCGCCUUAGGAGUAGAGCUUUUUGGAGAACUUGUAUGUAAUGAAGACUACCCGUGUGAGGGUAUGAGUCGUCACGCAACCUUUGAGAACUUUGGCAUGGCCUUCCUUACCUUGUUCCAAGUCUCCACGGGCGACAACUGGAAUGGCAUCAUGAAGGACACAUUGCGGGAAUGCCCACCAGACCUGAACCAGAACACUGACGUGGACUAUGCCUGCAAUCCGAGCCUUCAGUUUAUCUCGCCCAUGUACUUUGUCUCCUUCGUGCUCACCGCCCAGUUCGUGCUCAUCAACGUGGUGGUGGCCGUGCUGAUGAAGCACCUGGACGACUCCAACAAGGAGGCCCAAGAGGAGGCGGAGAUGGAUGCAGAAAUUGAGCUGGAGCUGGCCCAGGGCACCCUCUGUUGCAUGGGCGCCCCCGGUUGUGGGGGUGGGGGGGCGGAUAAAGGACUGGUCGCCGCCGGGUCGGGGCCUGGAAGCGCGGCGGGGGGGAAGGAGAGAGGAGGAGGAGGAGGCGUCCGAGGAGAGAGGGGAGAGGGGGCGAGGAGGAUGCGACACGGCGUCACGGCGGCGCACCAGGGACCGUACGGCUCCAGAGAGUCCAGCCGGAGCAUGUACUCACCAGCACAAGUGAGUGUUCGAGAAAGAGAGCGACUUUUGUGUCUGCUGACGAGGAUAACUGAAGGACAUUCUUUGCAGCAGAUCAGGAUGGCAGAGAUUGAGCAGGCGUCGCUGAAGUCGGAGCAGCUCUCGGACAAGUCCUCGUCCCCCGCGCUGCCGGACGACCUCAGCCUGGACGAACACACCGCCUACCAGCUGCUGGCGCAAGAGAGCGAGGGAAGGUGUCGCUGUGACUCCCGCAGCUCCGAGGAGGACGGUGGCGGAGGAGGAGGAGGAGGAAGCGCUGGCGGCGGCCACCAGACUCAGACCGUGGUGCAGAGCCAGGUGCAGGGGUUGGGAUCGCCGUGCACGGCCCUCAGCGUUGGCACCGAGAUGGAGACGGCGCUGCAGGAGAUGGAGAUGCAAACACACCAACCUCACUACAGCCCUGGUUACAGCAGCAGCAGCAGCAACAAGGACAGAAACAAAGAAGGAGAAGGAGGAGCCGGUGGUAUUUCUCCUCUCUUCCAUGUGCCUGCAGAGUUCUUCCAGCCUGCGGGAGCCUCCAUCCCAGUUCCUCCCCGCAGCCGGAGCCUGCGUCUGUCCAGAGGCCUCAGGCUGACCUCCCCGGCCUCCUGGGCCUCGUUCCGCUCUCCUGGAGCCCACAGAAAGAUGUUCUGCACACAGUACACAUCCCACAGUGACUCCUCCCUCGCUACAGGGAGCUCUGAAGGCAGCCUUCAGACCACGCUGGAGGAAGGACUGAGCUUCAGCGUCUCUCCACCACAGAACUUGGAGCUGCCGUUGCCCACAGCUCCCUUACCACUCAUGUGCCCUGUUCCGCUGCCUAAAGACAGCACCACCAUUUCCUCUCCGGUCCAGACCCUGAGACCGAGGCCGAGCUGCUCGUCGGCGCUGACCCUUCAGGCCACCAGGGGUCACCAGCGGAGCCAGAGCAGCGGGCGAGGCAGCACCAGCCCAGGCUACACCCGGGACGACUCCAUCGACCCCUCGGACGAGGACCUGGGCAUCGGCAUCGGGUCGUCUAUCGGUGGUUGCGGCUCCAGCCAGGCGGGCAACAGCGAACACUUGUCAGAGGCGCUGAGCAGCUUGUCGCUGACGUCGCUGCUGUCGCCCAGCUCCCUGGUGUACCCGGGAGGAGCUGUUAAGAAAUGCAACAGCACGGGCAGCCUGGACCAAGGGGGGAUGCUGCUGUCUUCCCGGGGCAGGGAGGGCCGCAGGGAGAUUCUGGGGCUGGAGCUUAUGGAUCCCCAGGGCUUCCUGGCCAACCCCUGGACGGGGGUUUUAGUUGAUACGAGACGAGGAGAAGGAAGAGGGGAGCUAGGAGACGGAGAGCAGGGGCUGAAAGGGAAGAGCUCAAGCCAAACAACAGUGGGGCCUUGUCGAAAAAACAGAUGA